AUGCUAGCGGUGCAACUAGCCGCUUUUCACAAGGGAGAGGGGAAGUUGGGGUCUGUGGAUGCGCGGUGGGCUGCCACCAUCUUCGUGGAGAGCGGGAGGCUCUCCGCGGCUGAGUGGUGGGCGCUGUAUGGGGUCGAGCGGUACUGGUCCGCUCUCGCAAGGGUCCAAAGGCGAGACCGCAACCGGCUGAAUGCCACGUCCAUGACGGACGUGGCAUUCGUGGCAUUUGGCCAGCGAGCUCGGGAGUCCUAUGACAAAAAAACAGAGGCCCGUGCUAAGCUCUACAGCGAGUUGAGCAAUGGAUCGCUGCAGCAGGGCAGCACAAGCGUGCUUCUUUCUCUUCCGGUGGAGGUGGAGGUGGAUGAGGAGGAGGAGGCGGGGGGGGAGCCGUGUACCAUUGACUGGGACACCUUCGGGAACAUUGGCAAGCGGGUGACUAAAAGGAAGCGCGCAAAUCUGAAGAAGAAGAAGAGUGCUUCCAAGGGCAGCGGGUCCCGCAAGGGGAAGGAGAAGGUUUGUGAGGAAGAGGAAGAAGAGGCGGAGGAUGGGAGCAGUGAUGAUGACAGUGGUCCGGAUGAACCAACCAAGCGGAAGAACAAGGGGGUGAAUGCGUGGGAUUGUAGCGACGGGAGUAGCGGGGAGGAGGAUGACGAGGAGGAUGAGGAAGAGGAGGAGGAUUAG